AUUGUUGCUAGUUUCCUAGCAACAAUCAAAUUAUUUUGUCAAUUUUUUUUUUACUCAACAAUAUAUGUCUUUUUCCUGAACUUAACUCCACUUCCUCGUAUGUUUCUACUUUGCAGGAGGAAACUUGCCCUGAUUGUUUCUAAAGGUUUCACAGACAUCAUGCAUUAUGUUACUUCCCUAUGUGGUAUAAAUUGUGUGUGGUGUUACAUCCUCUGGACAAGGCUUUUCUGAAGUAUCCAGCACCUAACAAUUUUUAUCUGGGUUUGUUUUUUUGCAAUGUGAUGACUCUCAUUUAAUGGAGGACUCUCAUGGGUGCUGGAGAUGUGAUUUCACAGCAGAUGAUUGAAAGAAGAGGGCUGUCUGGGCACAAUGGCUGGCGGACCCUAAAAAUGAUGAGCAUUGGUGUUUGCUUUGUGGGCCCAGUCAUUGGAAAAUGGUACCUGGUCCUGGAUCGUUUGGUGCUAGGCAACACCAGAGUGGCUGCACUCCAGAAGAUGCUGCUUGAUCAGUUUGGAUUCGCACCCUGCUUCCUGGCCUGUUUUCUGACUCUGGCGGGAGCACUCAACGGUCUAUCCUUGGAACGGAACUGGAGCAAGCUCAAGGAGGACUACCCUGACGCUCUGAUCACCAACUACUAUAUAUGGCCAGCAGUUCAGCUUGCCAACUUCUACUUCAUCCCCUUGAACUACAGACUUCCUGUGGUCCAGUGUGUUGCCCUUAUCUGGAACAGUUAUCUUUCCUGGAAAGCCAAUAAACUAUAACCUGGCAUGGGAAGACAUGAGAACUAUGCUUAAUCCUAUUAGAACACCUGCAGAUUCUCUUUACUCUCUGUUCUUCAUGCAAUGCAA